AGUGUAGCUCCGAAGGCCUGGGCGCUCUGAGUCGCCGAGGAGGGGGGGCAGAGGGCGCCCUCAGUCGCCCUGGAAACGCUUUGUCCGUACAGCAACAUGGACGUGCCGGUGGACUCUUAGAGAAGAUGUUCCCCUCCUUUGGGCUGAAAGGGGCUGUCUUUUAUGACCACUAUUUAGAUGCGUGCUUUUUCCCCCACGAUGCACAUCUGGGAGGCCAGCAUGCCCUUUUCUGAUGAGGGAAGCGGCGAGGGAGGAAGGAGGUCGCAGUCGGUUCCGUAGAUCGCGCCGGGGUGGUUGGUCCACGCCUAGGCUCGGGCUCAGAGUUUGCUCGCUAGGAUUUUACGACCUUUCAGUCCGGUGGUGUCCGGCGAGAAGCUAGAAGGAAUCCAGAUGAUCAGGGGGUGGGGUUGGUGUGAAGCAGAGAAGGAGGAGAGAAAAAGGGGUGCAGGGAGCAUACUCGGCUUUGCUGAUGGCGAUGGUACACCUGGUACCGGUCCUCCCUUCACAGUCACUCCCGCUUCCCUGGGUUUGAACUCAGACAAACUCUGCCAGUAACACGGGGUUUGGGUUGCAGCUCAAAACCAAAUUCGGGAUACCCUGGGUCUUGUAGCAGUUGUGCCAUUGACUACAGUUGUAAUUUUGGGCACGCCAUCCCUUCUGCCUGAGUUGCAAUCUUCCUAUCUAAAUUUCUAGCUCCCACUAGAUAUUACUGGACCCCCUCCCCCCAUGGUGACUCUGCAGGGAGGAGCAGUGCCAGAUUUACCAUCACCAAAAGCAUUUAUUUGAGCAAUUGCUUUGUGUCAGGCACUGCACAGCACUUCAGGUCGACUAUCUCAUUACAUUCUCUAAACUGCCCUUCAAGAUGUCAUAAAAAAAGAAAGAGAAUGUCAGUGGUGCACCAGCUGUCACCAGGAUGGUUACUGGAUCAUCUUUCUUUCAUUAACAAGAUCAACUAUCAAGUUCACCAGCAUCAUGAGUCUUGUUGCAGUAAAAAUGAGCCCAUUACUUCUGUUCACCUUGAUUCUGUGUCCUCCUUUGGCUCCUCAACUAAAUUUAUUGCUUCUGACUCUACUACUAAGCCCAAGAAUGAUGAUGGAGGAAAUUGUGAAAUGUUCAUACAAAAAUAUAUUUUUAGAUCUGAACUGUUUGAUAUCACUAAACCUUAUAUAACUUCAGCUAUUUACAAGGAAUGCCAACAAAAUAAUGAAAAGGAAGAUUUAAUGAAUGGUGUUAAAAAAGAAAUCUCCAUUUCUACUCAUGGGAAGAAGCGUAAAAGGAGUGUUGGUUUCAAUCAAGGUGAACUGGAUGCUAUGGAAUACCAUGAAAAGAUCAGGGGGCUGAUUUUGGAUGGAUCUUCACAGAUAAUCCAAGAAGGUUUAAAGAGUGGCUUUCUUCAUCCACUUUCUGAAAAACAGGACAAGUGUAAUGAACUCAUUACUUUAUCAUUUGAUUCCUGCAAUUUAUCAGAAUUAUGUGAAAUGGCAAAGCAUUUGCCUUCUCUGAAUGAAAUGGAACUUCUAACAUUACAAUUGAUGGAAAACAAUAUGUCUGUUACAGAGCAGGAUUUAUUUUCACGGAUUGUUGAAAACAACUCUAGAUUUACAAAAAUGAUUACUUUAAUGGGACAGAAAUACCUGGUGCCACCAAAAAGCAGUUUUCUUUUGUCUGACAUUUCUUGUAUGCAACCGCUUCUGAAUUGUAGGAAAACAUAUGAUGUGAUUGUGAUAGAUCCACCAUGGCAGAACAAGUCGGUUAAAAGAAGUAACAGGUAUAGUUAUUUGUCACCACUGCAAAUAAAACAAAUACCUAUCCCUAAACUGGCGGCUCCAAACUGUCUUGUUAUUACUUGGGUGACUAAUAGACAGAAGCACUUACGUUUUGUAAAGGAAGAACUUUAUCCUUCCUGGUCUGUGGAGAUAGUUGCUGAAUGGCACUGGUUAAAAAUUACCAAUUCAGGAGAGUUUGUGUUCCCAUUAGAUUCUACUCACAAAAAGCCUUAUGAAGGUCUUAUACUGGGGAGAGUUCAAGAAAAAACUAAUUUACCAUUAAGGAAUAUGCUCCCCAUUCCAGAUCACAAGUUAAUUGUCAGUGUACCCUGUGCCCUUCACUCUCAUAAGCCACCGCUUGCUGAGGUUUUAAAAGACUAUAUCAAGCCAGAUGGGGACUAUUUGGAAUUGUUUGCUCGAAAUUUACAGCCCGGUUGGACUAGUUGGGGCAAUGAAGUCCUCAAAUUUCAACACGUGGAUUAUUUUAUUGCUGAGUCUAGAAGCAGACUCUGAUCUUAAAAGUUGUGAUUUUCUUCAGUUUUUUCUUAUCUCCCUUUAUUCUGAUUUUUUUUUUUUUUUUUUUUUAAUUACCAAGCAGUACUCUUAGAACUGUAAACAGGACCUGGUUGUUCAGCAAAAUAGCCAGAGGUGAUUAGCCUUUAUGUGAUUUUGAGAUGAAUUUUACUUCACUUGCAAUAGUAUUAUAUACUAUUCUAGGCUCAUUACAAAUAAAGAUGGUAAGUGUUUAGAAAGAUGGCAAGACUUUGUUAUGGAGACAGUCAUGAAGCCUGCACUGUGGACCAGAGGUCAUAAUUCUGCCUAUGGAUGUGUAUUUUUUUGGCCCACACAUUGAUAUAAAACAUUUGAGGCAUCAUUCUAGAAAAACCAGGAAAUUUCAUAUAGAAGUCCAGUAUAUGUUCUUCCCUAUAUUGAUUGGUAGGACUCAGUGGUGGCAGCUCUUUUGGGAGGGGUCAUAUACUCCCCAGUUUAUGGCAGUGUGCCUCUUGCUCAUGACAUUCACUUACAUUAUCGAUCUGGCCCCUGUAAAAUCUAAAUAUACAGCCUCUGUUUUACUAUAACAUCCUGGGAAGAGCAUUCAGAUACCUGCAAAGUUUGUACUGAGUUUAAGGAACAUUUUUUGGAGGAUUUUAAAUUGUGUUCAAGGCUACUUGUCAAGUAUGUGUUAGUUUGCUUAUUUUUUGGGCAAAAAUGUAAAAGAAAUUUCUUAUACUAUUAAAAAUGUCAGAGGUGGCAUAAUAAAGGAAGCUACACUCAGUUCUCCCAGGACCAAACUGGAAUUACAAUUAAAAUACAGAAAAAUCAACCUGAAUAACCAAAUGAAGACUAGCUGAACAGAAGUUUCAUAACCAAAAUUUUACAGAAGAAGCCACAUCAAGACUUGUAGGAAGGGCGGAGAU